AUGUGUUCAUUUCGCUCUAAUUUCAAGAAAGCUGACCAAAGUGCUAACAAAAAUGAUUCAGAUUCAUCAUCAACAUCGCGAACUACAUCUGCCGCAGAUGGCGAUUAUCACGAUGCAAAAUCUUCGAAAAAAAAGUCCCAAGACGAUGAAAACAAGUGUAUAGUGUACAUUCCAGAUAUACCAUUUAACAUCAGAGACCUGAAGAAACUCGAGAAAACUGUUUGUCAACUCAUCACAAAGAAUACAAGUUCUCAAGGCGCCCAAGUUCAAUGUUUUCCCGAGUUUGGUUUUGGUGUAAUUCAUGUUGUAGACAAUAAGAUAAAACAGCAACUUGUUGAACAUGUUCAACAAAUCAAAUUAACGAUAGAAGAUAAUGAAAUAACGAUUCCAUUCAGCAAUACUCUAGAAGUUGUUUCGUUCGUUGUGUUGGACAAGAGCAAUCAACGUACAAGUAGUCGAUUCCCAACACCAGAAGACAUAAGCCGAAAAUGCACCACUUAUCUCAAUGUAGAGGAACCACUAUCGUGUGCUGUGCUAGAUGCACAAUUUCCCAACAUUUAUCGUCUCAUUUAUAAAUUUUCAGAUCAAUUUAUCAACAGUGAAACAAGAAAGCAAUUUUUUAUCGAUCAUGUAUCAACUGAAAUAUAUCUUUUCGCCGAUUGUAGUUUCUUGGAGGAUCUUUCAGUAUCAAUCACUGAAAGAGACCUAGAAACAGCAAUCAAAAGGUCGAUUCAGCCAAAAAGCGAAUCAUCAGCAAAUCUUUACGCGCAAAUAGAUCAGUGCACACACAGCGCAUGUGUUAUUGUUACUGGCGAAGCUCGUAAAUGGACAGCACAAUCGUGUAUUGAUAUUGAUGGUAGACAAAUAUUGAGGAGGAGUUUUAACUAUCACUUACUUAUUGAUCCAGUUUCAAAAAGUGACGUUGAUCGUAUUAUCAAACAUCAAGUAUUUAAAGGAAAAGUGAUAGAUCAUAAGUAUGCUGACAAGAAACUUCUUGUAAUUGUUAAAGAUAAAUAUGUUUUUGGCAAAUGCUUACGAUUAAAGAAACUAGAGAUUGAUGGCCAAAGUUUUCGUAUUAGCGAGAAUGUUGAAUCGCAAGAAAUGGACGAUUGCGAAAUCAAUGCUCAAACAUGGUACAAGACAAAAAUGAUCAAAGUCAAAUCAGACAUCAUGCAAUUCCUAGACGAUCCUCAUCAUUUCAUUUUUAAGUGCCGAUGGAAUGCAAAGGCAUGGCUCGAAGAGUUUGAAAAUUCAGCAUCUACACCGCAUCAUGAUGCUUCGCGCUCCGACAAAUCUUCGAAACCCGAUCAAACACGUCAUCUACUUCGAAUGACUGUCAUGCUCGACACUUUUGCUGCAGUGAAGAAGAAACGUUAUUUUAUCGACGAUCAGGAAGUAAAGUUGAAUCUGGAUGAUAGAUUAACCACCAUUAUUUACAAUCAUCAAUCCAAACUCGAACAAUGCUCACAAAUACCAUACAAAAAAAUUCAACAUGAUCGAACCAACAUUCAAGUUCAGCAAGAGGACUGCCUUGUUGUGUAUGAGAAACUAGUUGAGAAAGGUUACCGACCGGUGCUACUAAACAUGGCUAAUCAGACAACUCCUGGAGGUGGAUAUAAAAAAGGUGAUGGCGCACAAGAAGAGAACAUCUUCCGUCGAUCCGACUACUUUCGCAGCCUAGAUCUCGAAUUAGAUUCAUAUCAUGAUCAACGAGCUGAACGCUUUAUCCGCACAUCUGACUGUGAAAAAGAGCCUGUGGGUGAUGAAAAGCGCAUCUAUCCAAUGGAUGAAUUCGGUGCAAUUUAUACUUCAGGUCUCACCGUGUUUCGUCAUUCAGAAGACAAAGGUUAUGCUUACAUGAAGAAACCAUUGACAGGUGUUCGUGCCAUUGCCAUCGCUGCUUAUCGAGUUCCUGAANNNNUCAUGAUCAACGAGCUGAACGCUUUAUCCGCACAUCUGACUGUGAAAAAGAGGCUGUGGGUGAUGAAAAGCGCAUCUAUCCAAUGGAUGAAUUCGAAACCAUUGACAGGUGUUCGUGCCAUUGCCAUCGCUGCUUAUCGAGUUCCUGAACUAGAUGACAAUCGAUUAGCGCCAGAAGCAGCUGUGGGUAUGCGAAAAAAGAUUGAAACUAUUUUUUCGAUCGCCCAUCGUCAUGGUCAUGAUUCACUUGUUCUGUCUGCUUUUGGUUGUGGUGCAUUCAAAAAUCCACCUGAACAUGUGGCCCAAUUGUUUCUAUCAGUUAUUGAACAGUAUGCAGGCUUCUUCAAACUAGUUGUGUUCGCGAUCAUCGACGAUCACAAUACGGGUGGUCAAUUAAACCGAGAAGGCAACUUCAAACCAUUUGAAAAGUUGGAUGGCAAAUCAGUUAAGCGUACCAAACUAGCAGGUAUUCCAAAUACAAUCAUCGGACCAUAUCGACUUCUCUCGGAUGGAUUGACUGUGAGUGAUGUUUGCAUAUUCGAUUCACCACCAUGUAAAUUCGCAGCUAUGUGUAAUGAUCGUAAUCCAGAUCAUUUGCGUAGUUUUUCUCACCCACCAUUAUGCGCCCUGGCAUUUGACAACAAUCAAUGUGACAAAUCAUCUGAUAGAGUUCAUAUGCAUUCGUUUAUUCAUCCCAGACAAUGUCCAGAUGGCGGUGAAUGUGCUCUGAUUGAUAACAAAAAGCACUGCCAAGAAUUCGAACAUCCAUCAUACUGUCGAAAAAAAAGUGAUUGCAAUAGCAUGGACCCAGUUCAUCUACGAGAAUAUCGUCAUUUACCGCUUUGUCCAGAAGCACACAAAUGUAAAGAUUUUCUAAAGAACAUCAGAGUUCAUUGUGAUCAGUAUCGUCAUUGCAAACCGGGAUGUCCACAGGGAAAUAGAUGCAACAAGUUUCAUGACCAGCAACAUCUUAAUGAAUGGCAACAUCCAUUUCCUUCACCAUGUCCAUUUACUCCAUUUCACUGUCGAUUCUACAACGAUUUCUUCCAACGAACCAAACAGAAUAGUUCGAUUCUUUUCGAUGAUGAACCGCAUUUCGGUAGAUAUUCACAUGUGUGUUGGUAUGGAGGCAACUGCACAGUUAAAACUGCAGAACAUACAAGAAACUACAUUCACAUAGAUCGUCAGAGUUGUUCGUUUGGUGAUGAAUGUCAAAAAAUAAAACAAGAAGAUCAUUUAAACACAUACAAACAUCGAAACGUUCCUGAUAUACGACCUCUGUGCAGACAUGGCAAUCUGUGUAUCUCUCAAACUGAUCAAAGUCAUAAUAUUUGCUUUCGUCAUUCUGCUUCACUUGAAGAUAUGAGUGUGAUUGGCUGCCGCAAUACGAAUGCGGAUAUCAACUUCGUUCAGAACCAAAGAGACACUGUUGAAAGUAUUCUUAAAUGUCUCAAAAGUUCAUUGCCUUCAUUGGCACGUCUUCCGGAUGAUAUUCUGAAAUGGUUUCGUGCAGUUCAACCUGUUUAUCGGUGUAGUCAGAAUAUGUUUGAACUGUUUGUUCUCCAACAAAAAGUGAUGAGUCAAUAUUAUAUGAAAAAAUUGAAAGAACCAGAAUUUGUGGCCGAUUUGGUUCUUCAACAUGAUCAAAUUCGUCGCAUCGAAGCUUUACGAAAAAGCUCAGAAUUCAUUCUCAUCAAAUCAGUUCNGAGUCAAUAUUAUAUGAAAAAAUUGAAAGAACCAGAAUUUGUGGCCGAUUUGGUUCUUCAACAUGAUCAAGUUCGUCGCAUCGAAGCUUUACGAAAAAGCUCAGUAAAAGAAGAUUAUAAACAGUAUAUCGUGAUUAUGGUGGAGGAGGAGUAUGUGAGCUUGUCUAGGAAUUCAUUCUCAUCAAAUCAGUUCAUCGAUAAUCGGCGAAAAAGAGAGAAAGACCUUCAGCGACCAAUUUCUAAACAAGACAUCGAUAUAAUUAAAAAAACAACGAGAUCCAUGGCGAAAAGAGCUUUUGAUUGUGACUCUUCGGGCAACAGCAAAUCCUCUAAACAAGAAAAAACAAUUUUCAGCAUCCUCGGACCACACACAAGACAUAACUAUGGAGAUAUAUUUAUUGUUUUCAAACGAGAAAUCCUUCACCACCCGGAUUCAAGUUUCUCCAUUCAAAGUGCAGAAUCAUUCCACGACGAUGAAACAUAUCGUCGUUGCCCUUGGCUUGGUCGUGAUCCACGCUUAACUCAAGACAGAACUCAAUUAUAUAACAACUGUAAACUACAUGUUUCUGUUCCUAACUAUGAAGCAACAGCUACUCUAGAAUUAGUAGCUACUGUUAGUCAAUACUUACACAAGGACGGCAGGAGUGUUAAUCUCGACACCGUUUUGCGCGAAUGGCCUCGAAUGCCUGGAUACAAAGGUAUCGAAACUAACUUGCCUGGACUCAUUCCAAUCAGCUAUAUCGAUCAGGUUUAUAUACCAGACAAUAUAUACCAUUUGUUAGACCAAGAUACACGUGAAAUUAUUGACAAUACUCUCAGAGGUCGUAUCACUACCAUUCCGAGGAAAGGUACUAGCUCAGCAGUGUCCACCAGUAGCCAAGAUUUCGUCAAUGACAGACUAAACAAACAGUUCAGUCAACAAGAUGAAGAUUCCAUUGCAAGACCUCUUCGAGGUUUUAUUUUUAUCCUGUCACCAUCCAACUUUGAGACACACACGCUGUUACCUCUUACAAUAUCACAAGCAUUUGCUCAGUAUCGCUCUGAUCACACACAAACAUCAAGAGACAAUACGACGAUCAUCUAUUGGCAAGCCAUGGGUGGAGAUAUGAUGCUAACACUAUCGAGUGACAAAGAUGAACCCGAUAAAAAUCGAAUGAGUUCACGUUCUCUCAUUUGUUAUCUUGCUAGAACGCCGGAUACCAACAAGGACGAAUAUCGUGAAGAAGCUUCGUAUUNAAAAAAAAGUGAUUGUAAUAACAUGGACCCAGUUCAUCUACGAGAAUAUCGUCAUUUACCGCUUUGGCCAGAAGCACACAAAUGUAAAGAUUUUCUAAAGAACAUCAGAGUUCAUUGUGAUCAGUAUCGUCAUUGCAAACCGGGAUGUCCACAGGGAAACAGAUGCAACAAGUUUCAUGACAAACAACAUCUUGAUGAAUGUUACCAUCCGUUUCUUCCACCAUGUCCAUUCACUCCAUUUCACUGUCGAUUCUACAACGAUUUCUUCCAAGAAAACAAAAAGAGCAGCUCGACCUUUUUCGACGACCACCAGCAUUUGCGUCAAUUUUCACAUGUGUGUUGGUAUGGAAGUAACUGCACAGACCAAACUGGGGAACAUAUAAAAUACUUCAUUCACAUAGAUCGUCAGAGUUGUUCGUUUGGUGAUAAAUGUGAAAGAAUGAAACAAGAGGAUCAUUUAAACACAUACAAACAUCGAAACAUUUCUGAUAUACGACUUCUGUGCAAACAUGGCAAACGGUGUACCUCUCAAACUGAUCAAAGUCAUAAUACUCGCUUUCGUCAUUCUGCUUCACCUGAAGAUGUGGACGCGAUUGACUGCCGCAAUACGAAUGCGGAUAUCAACUUCGUUCAGAACCAAAGAGACACUGUUGAAAGUAUUCUUAAAUGUCUCAAAAGUUCAUUACCUUCAUUGGCACGUCUUCCGGAUGAUAUUAUGAAAUGGUUUCGUGCAGUUCAACCUGUUUAUCGGUGUAGUCAGAACAUGUUUGAACUGUUUGUUCUCCAACAAAAAGUUAUGAGUGAAUAUUAUAUGAAAAAAUCGAAAGAACCAGAAUUUGUGGCCGAUUUGAUUCUUCAACAUGAUCAAAUUCGUCGCAUCGAAGCUUUACGAAAAAGCUCAGUAAAAGAAGCUGUUAAACAGUAUAUCGUGGUUAUGGUUGACGAGGAGUAUAAAUGUUUAUCUAGGAAGUCGGUCUCAUCAAACCAAUUCAUGGAUGUUCGGAGAGAAAGGGAAGAAGAUCUGCGGCGAUCGAUUUCUUUUCAGAAUAUCACUGUCAUAAAAGACAUAACAAGAUCCAUGGCGAAAAGAACUUUUGAUUGUGACUCUUCGACCAACAGCAAAUCCUUUAAUCAAGGAAAAUCAAUUUUCAGCAUCCUCGGACCACACACAAGACAUAAAUAUGGAGAUAUAUUUAUUGUUUUCAAACGAGAAAUCCUUCACCACCCGGAUUCAAGUUUCUCCAUUCAAAGUGCAGAAUCAUUCCACGACGAUGAAACAUAUCGUCGCCGUUCGUGGCUUGGUCCUGAUCCACACUCAACUGAAGACAGAACUCAACAAUAUAACAAAUCCAAGCUACAUGUUUCUGUUCCAGGCUAUGAAUCAGCAGCUACUCUAGAAUUAGUAGCUACUGUUAGUCAAUACUUACACAAGGACGGCAGGAGUGUUAAUCUCGACACCGUUUUGCGCGAAUGGCCUCGAAUGCCUGGAUACAAAGGCAUCGAAACUAACUUGCCUGGACUCAUUCCAAUCAGCUACAUCGAUCAGGUUUAUAUACCAGAUAAUAUAUACCAUUCGUUAGACCAAGAUACACGUGAAAUUAUUGACAAUACUCUCAGAGGUCGUAUCACUACCAUUCCGAGGAAAGGUACUAUCUCAGCAGUGUCAACCACUGGCCAAGAUUUCGUCAAUGACAGACUAAACAAACAGUUCAGUCAACAAGAUGAAGAUUCCAUUGCAAGACCUCUUCGAGGUUUUAUUUUUACCCUGUCACCAUCCAACUUCGAGACACACACGCUGUUACCUCUUACAAUAUCACAAGCAUUUGCUCAGUAUCGCUCUGAUCGCACACAAUCGUCACGAGACAAUACGACGAUCAUCUAUUGGCAAGCCAUGGGUGGAGAUAUGAUGCUAACACUAUCGAGUGACAAAGAUGAAUCCGAUAAAAAUCGAACAAGUUCACGUUCUCUCAUUUGUUAUCUUGCUAGAACGCCGGAUACCAACAAGGACGAAUAUCGUGAAGAAGUUUCGUACUUGAACAGUGGUUCUCCAUCUGAACAUGAAACACGCGUAAGCAAAGGUGCAUAUGCAGCUGGUUCGAAAACAUUUUACAUUGGAUGCAAUACUGAUGAUUUUAUGACAUUUUGUUUGAAAAUUCAACGUUCGAUUGGUAAAAUCACUCUUUCUCAUGCUGGACCAAAUUCAUUGUAUAACAACUCGACAAUUUGUUUUACUUUUGGUAAAAGUGAACUUGACUUAGUUGCAUUAGAAUUCAUUCGAUUGAGUGCUGGUGAAUAUGCAGUACCAAUUCGGAAUGUGAUGAUUUGUUUUGAGGAACAGGCUGAUCUUCAUCCAAAACUCGAUACAAAUGCAAGAAACGAUUUGAACGUGAAUAAUGAUCCGUCUGCUAGUAAACCUAUAAAAAUACGACCAAAACCGAAUGAUCCGUCGUCACCAUCUUCAUCAAGUUCUAGACAUCCAAAUACACCUUUAACUCAAACAGCAAGCUCCUUUAGCAGUAGCAGUGUCUCAUCUCUAAUUCCAUGUCGAGACAAUGUCAAUUGUCUUCUUCAAUUAUCAAAUGAAAAAGAUCACAAUUCGAAAUAUUCACAUUCAUGUCGAUUCUCGGAACUGUGUAGAGAUCGAGAGUCAAACUUAACACAUGAACCACAUCAAGUAUCAAAAUGCAAUGAUGGAAAGAACUGUAAAGACCUUAGUGAUCCGUUUCAUCGAGCGAAUUACCGUCAUACAGGAUAUCCUGACUAUCUCAUUCCUUGUCGAGAUCAGCAAAGAUGUCAUGAUAAAACGGCGGAACAUCGAAUAAGAUAUUCACAUGGAGAACCAGUCUUCCGAACGACUAGUACAGCAACUAGCAGAGGAACAACAUCUGGUGGUCUUACCCCUUGCAAACAUGGUUCAAAAUGUCGAGACAUGAAUGAUCAGAAGCACUGUCAAAAGUAUUCUCAUCCCAAACCUACAUCAUCGUCCAACAAUCCGAGUUUCACCACGAGGACAGACGACAAUGGUAAAUGGUGUUAA